UAAUGUUUGAAAUCAGCACAAUCCGUAGCAAAACUGUAACAGUAUAUAAUAGCACUGAUAACAAAAUGCGUGCAGGAAUAACAACUUCCAGAAGCAAAAACCAUGGUGACACGUAUUCUAAAUGGAGUAUCUGGUUGUACAUUUUCCUUUCAACGGGACUGGUGAUAAUGGUUUUGUCAGUAUCAAAAUUGAGGGCAAAGUUAACACACUGCCUCAAUCCUUCAUUACAUGCAAGAAACUUAAGGGUUAAUAUGCCAAUUAAUCGCACAGAAGUUAACAGGGUAUCUACUGGAAUACAUGCAUCACAGGAAAAUAUAAAUGUUGAGGAAGAUGAUGAUAUGUAUUGUGUAAUUCGUGAAUCUCAGAUGGUAAGGGAAAUACAACCAGUUCGCCAGAUGAACAUCAUAAACAACAUGAAAGCAAGAAAUCCUAGACGAGAUAGCCUUGCAUACAGCAAUGUUUAUCAUCAUCUUGAUUUUUCUUCCUCAGUUCCAAAUUUGGAUAUUUGUUUUGACAAUGAAUAUUCUCACGCAGAUUACAGUAAAAGUUUGACAAAUUUAGAUCGAAGUGAAAGUGCACGUUUGAGCACUAUUGAUGACAAGCUUGAGUUGCAAGAACCAGAAACCGAAAACAAUAUGUAUGGACAAGUUUGGAUUGAUACCCUGGGAUAUAUGACAUCUCGGACCAAUACGAAGGCAACCCGGACGGGUUUUAAAAACAACUCAGACCACUUAUGAAGGCAACAUAGACAAGUUUGAAGGACUACUCUGACCACUUUUUUAUAUUUGAUGUUGUAUUUAUAAAUGAAUCUGUUCAUGCGACUGUUUUCUAAUAAAUGUAAUAAAGUUGAUUAAGCAA